UCUUCUCCACCUCCCUUGAAGAGCUACAAAGAAGAAUUUCAGUCACUCCAGAUUAAAAUGGAGGCAGAAAAAGAGAAGGGACAAAUGAGGGAUGAGACGAUUAAGGAGCUGCGCUCGGAUAAAAUACAGCUACAGCAGCAAGUGGCUCACUUGGAGGAACUCCUAAAGCUACAGGCAGAACAAGGCAAAACUGAAGAUCAGAUCAAAGAGGAUAAAAAUUGCCCACUGCCACCCAUGGAUGGAUACCCAGACUGUAUGAAGAAAUUGAAGUGGAUGAAGGACAUGUGGAGGACUGACCCUUGCUACGGCAGUCAUGGGGUGAAUGGAUCUCUGUGCUCCUUCCUCUUCUACCUCAGUGAGAUAGAGCCCUGGUGUCCUGUACUUCCAGGCCGAGUGAUUCCUGAAGAUGUAGUGGAAAAGGUAGAGCCCGAUGAUGCAGUGGUACAGGAAAGUUUUAAAGAUCUGUACCCCCCUCUGGAAAACAGAGUCCAGUUUCGUUGGAUACGCCAAAGAAUUGGCAGUAUGGAGAAGAUUUGGGUUGAUGCUGGACGCUCUCUUUCAGCCAAAUACAACCUCACAGAGAGAAAAGCCAAACAGAUUCUGGUUCAUCCUGGAGCAGUUACAGAUGAAUCACGUGCUAGAAUAGCAGAGGCUGCGUUCAGUGGCGGCCCCCUUGGGGAACUAGUCCAGUGGAGUGACCUCAUCUCCACACUUUACAUCUUGGGUCACCAUGUUCACCUUACUGCCUCUAUGCCUGACCUCAAGCAUUUUUUUGGGAUUAAGACAGGUAGCUGCCCACCUCAUACUAAAAAAGUGGAAGCAGACCUGAUCUAUACCGACAUUAUUGGCCUUAGACAGAUUCAGGCACUGCUAAAUACAUCUUGGCUCAAAUACAGGUGCAAGUUUCGUGUGUUGGACACUUUCGGCACAGAGCCAGACUUCAAUCAUGCAGCUUGGGCCCAGAAGAACAACCUUAAGAGUCCAUUUGGCGGACUGCACCUGAUCCCUAUGCAGUUCUACACCAUGUUCCCUCAUACACCAGACAACACAUUCCUGGGCUUUGUGGUGCAGCACCAGCUGACCUCUGAACAAACUGAGCAGUUAAAGUCUACCACAAGACAAAACCAGGCACUUGUGUAUGGCAAGAGAGCCUCGUUUUGGAAGGGUAAAGAGGCUUAUCUGGACAUUAUCCAUAAGCACUUAGAGAUCCAUGGGACGGUCGAUAACAGUGCUACUAUUCCAAAUUAUGUGAAAAACCACGGCAUUGUCAAAGGCACUGAGGUUCAGGCCUUGUUGAGGCAGAGCAAGGUUUUUGUCGGACUGUCUUUCCCAUAUGAAGGCCCCGCCCCAUUGGAGGCCUUAGCCAAUGGCUGUGCUUUCCUGAACCCCAGGUUACACCCGCCACAGAGUAGCCUGAACACAGAGUUCUUCAAGGGAAAGCCCAACAUAAGAGAGGUGACAUCCCAGCAUCCGUAUGCAGAAGCCAUAGGACAGCCUUAUGUUUGGAUGGUAGAUAUGCACAACUCCACAGAUGUGGAGAGAGCUCUCACUGCCGUCCUUAAUCAGACUAUUGAGCCCUACCUUCCCUAUGAGUUUUCCUGUGAAGGGAUGCUCCAGAGGGUCAACAUCCUGAUUGAGAAGCAGGACUUCUGCAAUAGUACAGGGAGCUGGCCUCCACUGAGCACACUCCAGGUUGUGAAGGCGGAAGCGAACAAAUCCUGCAAACAGGAAUGCCAGAAGGCAGGGCUGAUCUGUGAACCUGCAUUUUUUCCAUACCUUAACAAUGCCGAGAAUCUUGCAAACUACAGUGUAGACUGUCAAACAUCAGAGCUUUCUGACAGUCACUUGGUGUUCCCAGCCUACAACAGCAGCAGUAAGCACUGUCUGUUCCAGUCUGACCCCCUGCUCUUCAGCUGUGUGAGAUCAGACCAGUCUUUGAUUCGCAUCUGCCCCUGUAGAGACUACAUCAAGGACCAGAUAGCCUUAUGCAAGGCAUGUGUCUAGCAGCUGGAUAGAAAACAAAACCCUAUGUACAUACAGGUUAACAAAAACCCAAUGAACAUAUUUAUGAUGAUUUUAUCUGAAUGUCCUUACUCACUCCCUCAUAGACUUUGGCUGAUGUUCCCAUCCUUAUAUUUCAGGGGGAUAAACGUUCAUGGAGGGUCUGCCAUGAAUAUUGUAGAGUGCCACUCCCCUGUAACACUGCAGUGUCUGACAUGAUCUCUUUCCUGAAGAAGGAUACCUUUAUCCUGUAAAUCUCCCACUCCACCUCUACACUCUACGUGGCUCAGUGACACCAUGCUCACCCAUGUUCAUUAAGUCCACCCUGAAAAGGGUCAACAGACUCAUACUAGGAGGUGGCACCCAAUGUCCUGAACUUUUCUUUAAAAUCACCAGAUUAGGAUCUAUGAGACUUAAUUGCCUAAUAUCUGACAAGACCAUGUGCCUGGACUUUUGGUAUACAACACAAAUGUAUGUAAAUUUUUAUGACUGAACAGUUUUACAAUGGAUUUAUCGACAGUUGGGUUAGUAUUUAUUUAUUUAUUUAUUUAUUUAUUGUUUUCCACAGUGGGGUGGGGUAUGGCAUUGACAGGCACGUGUUGGGGAUUAUUUUAAUGGUCUAUUGUGUUUCCUUUUUUGUCAUUCUUAAAAUCCCUUGGCAUUUUGUAACUCUCUACUAUUGAGCGUGACAAUCUCCUUGCAUUGUACAUGCAUUGUUGAAGUAUACAGCCAAUGUGGCUUGUUACACCCGUCAUUGUUGGUAUAUAACAAUUUCCCCUAUGUUUCUGUUUUUCUACUUCAUCACCAUUUCUCUGAUGAAGCAUUAAUUAAACAGUAUGUUUUAGCCCUCAUUUAGUCUACAUAGCCUUUAGGGACUCAUUCAUUUGCCAGCUAAUAGGGCUGAGCUUUACCUGAUCCACACAUAAGAAUUAAGCAGCUGCCUUUCUGAUAAUGAUGAUAACAGUCAUGGGUGUUUCACAGUCUCCUAUCAAUGUGAAAAGCAGUACACAGACAACAAAUAAUACGCAGGCGUUAGGAAAUAAUGCGCAGCGAUGGGUCGGGUCCGGGCAUUUUUAGGCAAUUCUGAGCAACAAGCAGAAGAACUGGAAGACAUUUAGGAAUUUAGCAACACAAUCAGCCUUUUGCAUUAGCUGAGGCUUGAACUCACAACCUCUGAGACUAAGAAUCAAUUUCUAUCUCACUGAGCUAAUUAGUCAGUGACAACUCAUAUGUAGCUUCACAAAUUGACUAAGGCAGACGUGCAGGUUUAGCAGCCGUCCAUGCAUGGAAAAGCAGAUUUCAAACCACUGUAAAAAAUUCAGUUAUCGAAACAAAAAUCUGAAAAUACACAUAUUGCAUCUAGACAGCAUGGAGAUGUUGGUAAUUUAUUUUAACAAUGAUUGAUUUGCUUCAUAAAAAAACUGAAAAACUGAUGUUUAACUAGUUGAGCUAUGUGCAAAGUGAGAAGCCUCAGAUGGUUUCACACUGAAGUAUUGACACUGGAUCUUUGUGCAAAGUUUGGUUUAUUUUCAAGCAUGAGAAGACAGAUUUUCUAGCAGAAAAAAAGACUUGAAGAUGCUGCACAGUGAUCAGUCACGCUCAGGCAAUUUUAAGCAAUAAGCUGGAGCACAAGAUGUUGAAAUGAUUACAUUGCAAUGAGGAUUCUGCACCAGUUGAGGCUCAAACCCACAACCUCUGGAACCUAAGAUGGUCAUCUACCACUCUGAGCUAAUUGGCAAGUAGCAACUCAACAGUGGCUUCACAAAUUGAGUAAGCCAUUCACUGUUGUGUAGGAAAGCAGCCAUCCGUGCAUGGAAAGGCAGAUUUGAAACCACUGUAAAAAAAAUUCAGUUAUUAAGACAAAAAUCUGAAAAUACACAUAUUGCAUC